CGUUGUUGGAGUUUCAGAGCUGCGAGAGCAAUUUUGGCGUUUCCAGCCAAAGGACGGGCUUCUGAAACUCCGAUCGCGUUUCUUUUUUCUUAAAAAAAUAAAAUACAUGUUUGUGUUUUUAUACGGUUAGCUGAGAAACAGCCGCUAGAAGCUCCGGGAUGUACACGACCGGGCUCAACCCGUUUUACGCAUCAAACUUCAGCCUCUGGUCCGCGUACUGUGCCGGAGGCUUCACGGUGGACUCGGUGAAGAAACCGUCGUUUUGCAUCGCAGACAUCUUGCAGGCUGGAGAUGCGGAGAACAUCCAGGGAUCGUCCGCCCUCAUGGUGCACAUGGGACACCACCAUCACCAUCACCACCGGGCACAACAAGCGCAUCCCGGCACCUCGCCGCUGCGCCCUUCUCCCGUCGCGCCGGAGACCUCUGUGUUCGGUGCCAGAGUGAAUCCAGCUUCCCCGUACCACAGACACGGACUACAGCUCACAUCCGUCUCCAGGACGUCUUUUAGCUCCCAACAAGCACCACCGCCCUCCAGCAACGACCUCAAAUUUGGAAUUGAUCGGAUUUUAUCCACAGACUUUGAUUCAAAAUGCAAAGAAAAGUCCACUUUAAGAGAUCUCACUUCCAUCGUUAGCUCAAACCGUCAGUCAGGCAUCCACAUCCCCGUUCAGCCUCCGGCCAGCCAAUACUUCUCCGCCAUAGAGCCCGGGAUGAGCGACGCAUCCUCCAUGAUGAGUUCACUAGGCAGCAGCAGCAGCAUCAGCAUCAGCAGCAGCAGACACUCAGGCCAGCAUCAGUUUCAGGACACCUUCCCAGGGCCUUACGCCGUCCUCACAAAAGACACAAUGCCUCAGACCUACAAGAGGAAAAGGUCGUGGUCCAGGGCUGUGUUUUCAAACCUGCAGAGGAAAGGUCUGGAGAAGAGAUUUGAAAUCCAGAAGUAUGUCACCAAGCCAGACAGAAAGCAGCUGGCUGCCAUGCUGGGGCUCACAGAUGCUCAGGUGAAAGUGUGGUUCCAGAACAGGCGCAUGAAGUGGAGACACUCCAAAGAGGCCCAGGCUCAGAAGGACAAGGAGAAGGACGAGAAGCCGGAUCAGAGUGUCUCUGAGGCGGGCAGCAUGGAGGCCAAAGAGUCGCUGGAGUCCGAGUGUGAGAGCGAGGCUCGGAGCGACAGCGAAUCCGACGAGGCAGAGGAAGAAAACGAACAUUUGGACAUUUGUGAACAUAACAAGACGAGCGUGAUCAUGAGCGGGAGCGCGCAGGCGAGCGGCGUGGACGCGGGGCCCACGGUCACGGACACCGUGGGCGCGCCGGUCCUGAUAUGAACCCUGUGGGUUGAUCUGAACACAUCUCUGAGUUUUUCACAGAAUAAAGAGGAGACUGUAGCAACCAGACAGGUCCGUUUGUUUCCUGAAAGCAGGAAAAACAAAUAUCAGUUUAGGAUGGCACACCCGCGCAGAAUGAAGGAAUGGAAACACGGUCAAUUUUCCACAUGUUGCUGUUUUUUAAGGCUCUAAUAACAAAACCAAAGAUAAUUUAAGCUCACAAGGACUCGUGGCCUGCAGUGUUUCUGUUUUAUUAUCAUAUUAUUUUAGUGAGUUGAGGAUGUUUUCCUGUUCUGAAUCACAUGAAAAGGUUGUGAAUUUUAUUGUCUGGUUCUGAACCACCGUUAGGAGCUGUAAAUGAAAUCUCAGAACAUCACAGCAGUGUUCGUGUAUUUAGUUUUUUAUUUGAAUAAAUAGUUGUACUAUUUUGUUAAUAUUUGCACUGAAAAUACUGUAAAUAAAAUGUACUUGUAACUUGG